UUUUAUGCGUUUUAUGAACUGUCACUGUUUGUCAAUUUGAUAUUGGUUAGUCUUUUACAAAGUAUGUGAAAUCACGUGUGCUGAAAAAAACCAAUAACAGAAUGAUUUGCACUCAUAAUAUUCAUUUAUUGUCAUGACAUAUACGAUUAAUGAUGUUUCUAUCACAUGGGAGCAAAGUUAAUAUCGAUUAUAAAGCACGAUUGGAACACAAAUUAUAUCUGGCCAGAGAAAAUCCAGAACCAAUAUUUGAUGUCUCUGAAUGUGCUUUAAAACAUGUACCCUCUGGUAUUUAUUCAUUAUGUAAAGUAUUUAGAAAAAAGGUAUUAUGGAUGCAUAAUAACAAGUUAACUUCACUUUCUGGUGGAGGUGCCUUAAGCGAUUUGUCAUUACUUGUUAUAUUAGAUAUUCAUGGAAAUGAAUUUACUCAUUUACCAUCUGAUAUAAUGUGUCUUGCUUCUCUCAAGGAACUUUAUUUACAAGACAACAAUAUACGAAAACUGCCAAAUGAAAUAGUACAUUUAAACAAAUUAAAUAUUUUAAAUGUUGCAAAAAACAAUUUAAAGCAAUUGCCAGAAGCAAUGGGAAAUUUAAAACAACUUUCUAUAUUGGAUAUUAGUCAAAAUAAAUCUCUUCGUAAGCUUCCUAAAUCUUUGGGUUAUGUACAACAACUAGCACAAUUAAAUAUUGAUGGGUUAAAUCUAUUAUAUCCUCCUCAAGAUAUUUUAAAUGGUGGCACAAUAGUAAUUAUAGCAUUUCUAGCAAAUGAAAGUGGUAUUGAAUAUUCACCGGAAGAUUCUAUUUCUGAUACUGAUUUAUCAAGAAAUAUAAAUUCUGAGAAUGUGCAAGGGGUAUAUCAGAAUAAAAAUAAUGAUGUACAGGCAGCAUUACAGAAGCUAGAAAAAAUGAAGGAACAUCGCCAAAAUGCAUUAUUGGAGGUUGAAAAAAACAUCAAACAACAACAAGAAUAUGAAAUCGAAAUUCAAUCAAUGUUAAAAGAACAUAAAAAAAAGUUGUUGCAAGAUCUUGUUUUGCAGCAAACUCAAUUACAACAUGAAUUAGAAAAAGUACAACAAGAAAAAGAUUCUAACAGAGCACGUCUACUUUCCUACAUUUACAAUGCUGAAAAAGAAGCAGACAAGGUUAUCAAAGAAUUUUUAAGAAAUAGCGAAGAGGAAAGACAAACACAAGCUGAAUUAUUAGAACAGGAAAAACAAGAAGAAAUACAAUUGUUAUCUUCUUGUCACACAGAACAAUUCAUGUUCCGUACAAAAGAUACUCUUUUGUCAAUGGAAAAAUUACUUGAAGAAGAACUUCAUAGAACCAAGAAAUUGGAAGAACAUAGUAAAUAUAGAGAUUAUACAGCACAAUCUUUGCUCACAUUAGAAGUAAGGAAUAAUGAUCAUUUAGCACAAAUAAUGCAAGAUCAAGAAAAAAAUAGAAAAAAUUUAAUCGAUACAUUAAGACAAGAUGAAGUCUUACAAAAAGCUGCUGUUGCAGCAUUGCUAGAACGUAGUGAUGCACGUUAUUGGAGUAUUAUGCAACAAGUCAAUUUAGUACAAUCGCAAUUAGCUGCUCUUACAAACAUUGAACUAGAGAGGAGAAAAUUAGAAAUUAAUCAACAACUUAAUGAAAUAGCUCAAAAAAGAGUAGCUUUGAGUGCUAUUCUAAUGAAUUUAUUAGAACAACAAAAAAAUAGAAGAGAUCAACUUCUAAAAACAAUUAAUAGUAUAGAACAACAACGUUGUAUUAUUAAUUCUAGAAGAAAAAGUCAAUUUUGGUUAAUGCAAUAUCAAUCUUUAAUGGAAACACGACCUCAGGGUUUAUUGGAAAUGCUAGAACCAAUGUUAGUACGACAUGUUGCAAUAGCAGGUGCAUUGCAUUGUUUGCCAUUCCUAGCUUCUUUACCAUCAUUACUUCCAAAUCUUAGUGAUGAACAAUUAAAAACUAUUGGAAUACAUUCUGAAAACGAUCGUAUUGCUAUAAGACUUGCAGUUGAAAAUUAUUUAGCAGAAUUAAAACUUAACGAAUCUACACCCUCUGCACCACCAGAAGAAGCUUGUACAAGUUCUAAUUAUCAAGAAUAUAAUACUAUUCAGAAUAUUAAUACUGCCGAAUGUGUAAUUUGCCUUGAUUUACAAUGUGAAGUAAUUUUUCUACCAUGUGGGCACCUUUGUUGUUGUUCAGGUUGUGCAAAUAUGAUUUCUUCAGAUUGUCCAAUGUGUAGAAGUGUGAUAGAACAUAAAAUUCACAUUUUAAAGCCUUAAAAUAUGAAUAAUGUUUUUUGUAAAUAA